AUGGUGCGAACACGUAAGGAAUCCAGGGGGAUCCGCACCCAUGAGUACGAUUCACCAAAACAAUCACGGGCACCCGACAUAAUGGAAAGCCAGCCGUUUCCCUCUAGUGGAUUUGGACAUUUAAAUCCGUUUCAAGCGACGGCAACCUUUGCCCCUGGCAUGGAACCGUUAACUAUAACAGAGCCUUACAAAACUUUGGCCAAAUUAUCCCAAGAUGUUGGAGACAUAAAGGCAGAUUUGUGGGAGAAGGAUGGCUUGGAUGACAAAAUUCAAUGUGUCGCCUGGACUCAGGAAGAAACUAUUUCAGAUGUGGAGCUUUUAAAAACUGAAAAUGAAAAGCUUAGAAAAGACAUAGAAAUGCUGAAGUCAGUAGUUAUUAAACUAGACAGAAAAGUUCAACAACAAGAAGCAGAAAUAACGGAUCUAAAAGGGAGAUCAAUGAAACUUAACAUUCUUGUACACAAUCUAGAGGAAGAAAGCGGGGAGGUCUUGAGAACAAAAAUUCCCCACCUCAUAAUUGAGCAUUUGGGAGUGGAGGGUGUUGAGUUUUCUAACAUUCAUAGAAAUGGUGAUUCAAAAUCCGGAAAGCCACGCACUAUUACUGGAAGGCUUAUAAAAAUCGAGUAUAAAGAUGAGAUACUGAAACAACAAAAGGUCAAGAAGGACGCUGGAGAGGAACUACCCUUUUACAUUACACCCCAAUCACCCCCUCAGGUUAAUGAAACCCGUAAAAAACUUAUAGAACUGAAUAACAAGUACUGGCAGGACAACGUCAAAACUCGAGUUAUGGGUGACAAACUUGUUUUCCCAAAUGGAACAGUUUAUAAGGACAAAGUUUCAACUCCAAACGCAGAGGAACUUCUGCAGAUGGACAGUAAGGAGCUUGAGAAAAUUGAGGGAAUUACGACCAAAAGAUCUGACACUCACUCUGAUGGGGGAAACCAAUUCAGUGCUGCUGCGGUUGAUGUAAACGCGUAUGCAAAGGUGAGAAACUUCUACAAAAAAAUUUCGAUUGAUCCGGUAUAUGGGCGUGCUAACCAUAAUAUUUUGAUUUAUCGCUUCAAAGACAAUAACGGGGUCCUCCACGAAGGAUAUUGUGAUGACGGUGAGUUCGGAGCGGGGCGCAAGAUGCUGGGAGUAUUGAAAGAUCAGAACCGUAUCGAUGUGGCGAUUGUGAUAUCAAGGAUGAUGGGUAGACAUCUCGGCCCAAAACGUUUCCAAAUUAUGGAAAACACCAUGAUGGAAGCUUUAAAUAAACUCGUAUAA